CUCGGGUCUGAGUUUGCAAAGAUCUGAGCUCGGACUCCAACAUAUCACUGAGCCAUGGCCAAGCCUUUGACAGAGGAUGCCAGAACAGCGCUGGUCAUCCUACCUCCAGAUGAGUUGAUGAUGCAGGUGCAAUCACUGCGGAGGCGGCAUGAUCGUGCAUUCGACAGGUGGCCACCACAUUUGCGCAUUUGCUGGCCCUUCUUGCCUCUCAGGACUGGCCUGGCUCGCCUAAAUCAGCUUAGAACGCUAGGCACCAUUUCCUUCGAAGUAGAACUUUCACAGGUGGGGCUUCUGACCAGUGGAUCCCAUGGCGAUAAGGAUCGAACGUACAUUGUACUGAAGCCAAGCUUUGUUUCGUCGAAGCGCUUGGAAGAGCUUUGCAAAGAAGUGCAUAAGGAAGUUUUCCCGGAAUAUGCUGCGGAAUUUACUUCUGAUUUCCACCUGACCAUUGGGCAGCUUCCAUGGCAGGAGGCGGAGAAUUUGCUGAAAUCUGACAUUGAGCUCCUUCAGCUCCCAAUUGUUUGGCACUGUGACAAGUUGGUACUUAUGGCCUGUGACAGCUCCACCGAACCCUUGAAGCCAGUGCAGGAACUGCCACUACGGAGUGUUGAGAGCUUUAGUACUCCAAGUCGAAAAGAGGGUGGCUUGCCUUCAUCACUUCCAUCUUUGGUGUGGCGAGGUGUGGUGGAGGCCUUGCAUCUUCGUGAUGCUGCACUAUUGGCACGAGCAGUGGCACACCAGGAGAUCCCUGGAAAUGCAGAUUGGUGGCCUGAAAUGAUCCAGAACUUUUUCUGUACAGACGGUGCUUCGUUGUCCGGCUCGGGUAUCAGCACCUUUAGCUCCCUCGCAGGAGCUGCAGGCUUUGCGGCCAGCUUGUCUGUGGUGGCAGCUACGAAGGACAAGGCCUUUGCCAAAGAUCUAUGCAAAGGAGUCCGCCACAUGCAAGACGACCCAUCAGCAAGCACAGAAAUUCUUUCGCUACCCUUCAGCGGACCUGUGAGCUGCAUGAGGCAAAAUGAUAAGCGUUUGCUAGCUGUGGGAGAGAUCAGCAAAGAGAGUGGAUUGAGCUUGUGGAACCUCAAUGCCUUGAAAGAGAAACCUCGGUUCAGCAAACUAAAAGGACACAUCAAGAACGUGGACCUGUGGGAAGAACUGCUCCUUGCACUCUCCAAAGGAGGUGGUUUGAGCGUGCAUGACCUGAACGAUCCACGGAGUCAGCCCACUUUGCUCAGCAAAAGAGAUGACGGCCAGGCCCUUGAUGUGCACUGGAUAGGCGGUCGAGCACUUGCAGCCUUUUCGAACAAAGUAGCGCUCAUCAACGUUGAGAAUGGACACGCCGAGUACUUGAACGUGCCAGCAUUGCGGGAUCCAGCAGUGAGCCCGCUGGGCCCACAUGUUGCAGUUGCGGGCCCAUCCUCAUGCAUGCUCUGGGACCUGCGAAGGUCUGUCACAGCUGUAGAGAUGGCCUGGCCUGGUGGCUUCACAUGCCGAACUCUGGCUAGACUCGUGUCAGACCACACCUUGGUGGCAGGGGGGUUUGGUCAAGUCCCUUUGCACUACAUGGACUUGCGGAUGCCCUCCAACCUGCCAACUUACCCAGUGCCAAGAUUGCCAAGCUCUGGCCUUUUGGAGAUCCAGCGCCUGCUGACUGGAAACCCUUGUGUGUCAGCCCAGUUUCAGGAUCGGAGUUUAGCGACUUGGCACCUUGACACCGGCACCCUUCUCGGCUGGUGGCCGUCCUCCAGAUGCCUAUCAAUACCAUCAGGCACAGCCGCUAUUGCCUGGCCUGGCAUUGCUGCGGCAGAUGAUGGCCAUGCUUAUGUGGCACUCCCGGGCAAGCGAGCAGUUGGAGGAUCUGGAACAUCAGCGCCAAUGAUGAGACAAAGAAAAGAAGGACUGAAAGGAGGAAAAGGAAAAGAAGGGGGACAAGUGAAAAUGCAGGGCCCGAAGGCAGCACCUUCUAAAGCGCCAAGAAAAGAUAGCCAAAAGUCCCAAGAGACAGAAGCACCACGAGAGGAGGAAAGCCAAAGGUCUCAGAAGCUACGAACAAGUGAGGAUGUGUACCAUCGCAUUCUGCACGACAGCCGCUUUGACCCCAAAGAAGUGAGCAUAGGUUAUGAGGACAGAUUCCUGGGGCCAAUGGAAGUGAAACUGCUUGACUUUCAACCAGGCGGGGAUAUCCCUUUACAUCGGAUUUAUUACUUCCGUCGUGGAGCUGAAGUAUUGUGGGAUCGCAAGCAUCGUUUAGACAGAAUCUUCAAUGCGGAGGCCGCUGAAGCCGCCCCUGAAACAGUGGAAGCGAUUCAGAAAGCCCGAAGGACAGCUGAAAAGAUAGAACAGGGAAUCAUCAAGGUUCGUGGCCGGAGGGGCAGCAACAAGGUAACUCCAAAGGAAGAAGCUGGAAUGAAAUACUACCGUGACGAAGGCUGCUGGGUGCAAGCCCCAGCCACACAUUUCGUGCAGCUGACCGAACUGAAGGUUCUCACCCUGAACGUUCUGUUUGAGCUCUUUGGUGAUGUAAAGACGCACAUGGAGGUGAGAAUGGCCCACAUGUUCCAAGAACUAGAGAGGGCUCAAGCAGAUAUCCUUUUGCUGCAGGAGGUGACGCCAUCCUUCGUGCAGACAAUACUGGCUCAACACUGGGUGCGAGAUCACUAUUGGUCAAGCUGCGGUGACAUAGACACAGCAUCGGUGAACCCAUCUGGGCAGCUAACUCUGUCGCGACUGCCAAUGAGAUCUGUGGUAUGUGCACGCAUCAGUCAGCACAAGACUGUUAUACUGGCGACGAUGUCACUCUCAUUUCGCUCUAAAGAGGUAGCGGUUGUCAUUGCCAACCUCCAUUUGACAGCAGACCUCAAUGAUGCCUCUGGCACUCGACGCAACCAUAGAGUAGAGCAGCUGCAGACCUGCGAAGCGUUGAUCAAUGACAGGCUUCAACCAGGCGACCUCGGACUGAUUGCCGGCGAUUUUAAUGACUCUGCACCAGCCAUCAGCAGCAACUUCAUUGAUGUUUGGGACCGGGAUGAAGGCUACACCUUUGAUCCGCGAGUGAACACGGUGGCACAGCAUGUGGUGGCUGCAGUUGGCGGCUGCAAGGAUCCCCGCAGAAUCGAUCGGAUCUAUGUGGGAUCAGGGAGCUGGCAGUUCCAUGCAGAACUCUUUGCUACCGAGCCAUUUCGUCUUGAGGAUGCAAGCAAGCCUGACCAAGAAGAUCAAGCAUGGUACAUAUCCGAUCAUUUUGGUGUCCUUUGCCGCUUUUGGUGCGAAGACAGCCUUGGAGACACCAGCAAUGGAGACGAGCAGGUCCUGCUCCAAAAGCCAGCAGCUGUUUUGGAGUCAAAUGUAUUGAGAGCCAUCACACUACAAGACAUUGAAAGCGUCUCAGUGGAGCUCUUCCUUUUGGGGUCAGCGGCCCUUGGGAUUUCGGACUCAGGCAGUGAUGUGGAUGUGUUGGCUUGCUCUUCCAGCAUCUCUUCCACCAAGUUUUUCGAUCUUGCUUCGGAAGCACUGCAGCAGCACGGCAUUGGCCCAGUGGAUCGGGCAAUGGACGCCACUGUGCCAUUGCUUAAAUUCCAGGCCGGUGACGUGCACAUCGAGGUGCAGUUCACAGAACUCUCGGCUGAGCAGAUAGCAGAGCUGCGAUGCAGUCACACCAACGCAGCCACGGACCCUGUCAUUGCAAAUGCAGCUGCAAACGCUGCCUUCAAGUCUUUGGAAGCGAUUCUCUUUACACAGAGUCCCCAGUGCCAGGUUGGGCUUGCUGCAGCGUUGGAUGCCUGGGCACUUUCUCGGCAGCUUCGAAGACGCUUUGAGCAUUUUCGUGCUUUAACAGUUGAGGUGAAGCAUUGGGCACGGCAUAGGCAGCUGCUUGGAACAUCCUUUGGAUUUCCAGGCGGAUUUGCUUGGGCGCUCCUCGCAAGCAAGGAGGUUCUGGGCAGCUCUGAGGACAUCCUGGCAAGCAGUGCCCGUCUUCGAGCCUCCUUUUUCAAGCAUUUGGUGAGCAAAUUCAGCCAGGACGUGCCGAGUCUCUGGUGUCCAGCGGGGCCUCAGGACCGGAAUGCUCUUCGCAGCAUGACUCGUGGAACUGCCAAGAUCCUGAAGGCCCAGCUUGAAUUGGCAACCCGGGACCAUACCGCUGCAGUGGGCGAUGUCUUUCAGUCACCGCAGUUUCUGGUCAUGGAGCUGGCCGUGCCAGGUGGAAAGCACAUCUUGCAGAGGAAAGCGAUACCUAUGCUGCUUGAGGCUGAGCGUGUUGCAAAUGGACUGGUGUGGCCGCUGACAGAUGUUCAUUGCUCAAGACGGGGCAGGCCAUGCAUUGUAAUGGGCUGCCAUGGGUGGAUUCCAACAGCAGGAGAACAAACGGCGGUGGAGAAGUCCAUCAAAGUGUCAACCGGCCUCAACCCAAAGGUCAAUCUCGUGAGUGCCGACAAACUCAUGAUGGAAAUUCCAAGCUGCACAAGGAUGUUCGAUAGAGAAGCAGCAUCGGUGCCCUGAAGCCCGUGUGGCGUACAGUUUGUUUGCGCAUAUGUUGCAACCACCAGGUAUGUACAGUUUUCUUUUUUUCGCAGAA